AUGAAGGCAUCAAUGCUGGUGGACUGCGCCGUGUCGCCGUGGGGGGCGUGGUCGGCGUGCGACGCGGACUGCGGCGCGGGCAUGAUGACGCGGUCGCGCGCCGUGGAGCGCCAGCCCGAGAACGGCGGCCGCCACUGCCCGUCGCUGGUGCAGAAGCGCGGCUGCCAGGGCACGCGCUGCCCGCACAGCGCCAAGUCCGCCGUCAAGGGUGAGCAGCGCCGCGCCGCGCUGGACGGGCUGGGUGGACCUGGGCGAUGCGGAGCGACGGCCGUUCCAGGUGGUGGUGGUGGCGCUGGUGGAGAUGGGGCUUUCGAACAGAAACGGGAGAUGUGA